AUGACUUAUAAUAUUAAUUUUGAUGGCUUAGUAAAAAACAACAUUAAAAUAAAUUCCAACCGAUCAUCAAUCCACCCCAAGCGUCGUCUCUACGCGUCAUAUUCUCAAAAUCCCCACGCGCCGCCGCAGCCCUCAGUGGUUGUUCCUGGCGCACCUGGUAGCCCUGGUGCAGCCGCGCCGGUAAGGAUUGGCCCGCUGGUGCCCGUUGCAGUUGUAGUACGACCUUCCACGCCGAUUGCACGGCACGUUGUUCCGCCCCAUGGCGCCGUAGCUGAUGUACCCUCCGCGGCGGAGCUGCCGCCGCGCGCUCUCGGACUCCAUCAUCAUCUCCUGGUCGAAGUCGAGGGCGUCCGCCACCAGAUCGCCGUGGCCUUGGGGCUCCGCCACCGCUUGGGAGAAAUCGCCGGCGUAUGCGGCGGCGGCCAUGGCGGCCAGCGCCACCAGGAGGACGGCCAGCGCAAAUCGGGAAGCCAUCGUCGUCUCGACGGGAAGAAGCCAUUGAACGGGAAGAAGAAUCCUUUGUUUGAUUGCUUCGGUUUUUGCAUAAACCCUAGUUCGAUUGAGCACAUCUCGACUGGAAGGCGUAAUCUAUACAACGUUGUGGCAGCUUCUCGUCAAGGCCAACGUUGUCGCCUCUCCUUGUCGCGCACGUCCUCGGAUGAACUAGGGAAAGAUAUGUUCUAUGAUUUUCACGAAUGA